AUGAAUCUCGCUAGUUUUGCUUCAGCAAUUGGGAAUGCUGGGAACCUUUACCUAAUGGUCCUCAAACUUUGUUCAGAAUUUGAAUUGAACUACGAGGUUGAACGUGAAAUCACAAAGAUUUCACAAGUAAUUUCACGAUGGUUCCCGGAACCUGCUAGUCGGUCUUCACUGGACGAAUUGUCUGAUAUUAGGUGGACUUAUUGA